AUGGAUCAGCAGCUUUCGGCAGCACCCCUGCAGCCACAUGCCCCUGCUCCACAAGGUUGGUUGAGCUUGUGGGUGACCCUCAUCACAAUCGUUUCAGUCCUCUUCUUCAACUACAUCAAUGGAGGCAGAGUGCAAGCGCUGGACUGGACAGUGGCGGCAUUUGUGGUGCUGCUCCCGCUUGUCAGCACUCUGUGGUGGGCGUUCGAGAGGAGAGAACGUGCUCUAUCAGAGCUUGCACAAGUCAAGACACUCCUGCAGCACAUUGCGCUGGCUCACCGUGACUGGCUGCCGACGGGUGUCCUGCCGGCAACGCAUCUCCAACAAACCCAGGCUCUUCUGCAUACUCUCACAGAUGGGAUGAGGGCGUACUUUCUGCCGCCCCGGUUCUACAGCACUGAAUUCCCAUAUGCAGGUCUCAAGCUCAAGAUGAUGAGGAUUGCACAAGAGAGAGCAAAGCAAAUGCGCCGGAUCACAACUUGCUUUCAUCGCUUGGCGCGAUCGUCUGAGGUGCUGCGAACUGCUGGCUUGGGGGAUGCUCAUCUGACAAAGCUGGCAGAGUGGAACUUUCAGCUCCAAGUAUCGUUUGAGCGGAUGGCGAACACGAAGGAGUACAGGACACCUCAGGGCAUUCGAGCACUCUCAAGGUGCUAUGUGUCGCUCCUCAUCCCCAUCUUCUUUGGGCCGUACUAUGCAAGUUUGAAUGCUGGAGUUGGCACAGCCUUUGCUGUCAUCUUUGCCAUCGUGAUGAACUUGGGGACAGUGGGCGUUCUGCAGGCUGCCAUUGCCCUUGAAGAUCCUUUUGACAACCAGGGCCUAGACGGGAUCUAUGUAGAUGAAUCGCUGUAUGAAGCUGAGCAGGCAAUCUACUUCACUGACGACGAGACUGAUUUCCUUGCCCACAACAAGUCAGACAGCAUGGGGAAUCCGCUCCACGGCAACUCAAUGAAGGAAGACUUGAAGCUUCAGCUCUCGAAAGACGGAAACACCACAGUCGGAGACAGUGUGAACGAGUUGCCACAUUCCACUGCAGAUGUGGAAGCUCCCCCACACCACUGA